UCACUUGGUGUGCCUUCUUCACUUCUUUUAAGCGAAAGAACAGCCAACAGGCAGCAUGAGUGACUUGAGUGCCUUAGGCCAACUCGUUGAUAAGGUUCAAGCUCACUCCACCCCUGGAGGGAAGGUGUGGCUCUCCGUCCUUUUCAUUUUCCGAAUCCUGCUACUUGGGACAGCUGUUGAGUCAGCCUGGGACGAUGAGCAGUUUGCCUUUCGCUGUAAUACUCGGCAGCCUGGUUGUGAAAACGUCUGCUAUGAUAAGUCCUUCCCGAUCUCUCACGUGCGCUUCUGGGUCCUGCAGAUCAUAUUUGUGUCCCUCCCCUCACUCUUGUACCUGGCGCACGUAUUCCACAUGAUACGCAAGGAAGAGAAGUUGCAAAAGAGAGGGGAGGAACUCAGAGUCACUCAGAACGAUGGUGCCAACAUGGACGUGCACUUGCAGGAAGUCGAAAUCGAAGUCAAGAAGUUCAAGUGUAGCAUUGAAGAACACUGUAAGGUGAAAAUGAGAAGGGGCCUGCUGCGAGUCUAUACCAUUAGUGUCUUCUUCAAGUCUGUUUUUGAGGUGGCCUUCCUGCUGAUCCAGUGGUACAUCUAUGGAUUCAGCCUGAACGCGGUUUACACUUGCAAACGAGACCCCUGCCCGCAUCAGGUGGACUGCUUCCUCUCUCGCCCCACAGAGAAAAGCAUCUUCAUUCUCUUCAUGCUGGUGGUGUCCUUGGUGUCUCUUGCUCUGAACAUCAUGGAGUUGUUCUGUGUCUUCUUUAGGGGCUUAAAGGGUCAUGUGAAGGAUCCAGAGAGUGAGUCUUACCUUGAUACAUCUGGUCUGCCAAGCCCCUCCACUGACUCUUCAUCGGUUGCUCCUCUUUCCUCCAUGUCCCUUCCCAUCGACAGGGCGGCCUCUGGAAACAGGAGCAGUUCUUCCUGCCGCAGUUACAAUAAACAAGGAAACGAGCAAACACAUGCUAAACAGAAAGCAUAGCAAGAUCUAAUAGGGCAGGGGGAAAUCACCCCCUCUGACUUGCAUGCACAGCCUUUUGAUUUCCUCCAUAAGCAGAAUUUUGUUGGGGGGCGGGCAUGACAAAAGUAGUUACUGGGCAGUAGUCAUUGUAGAUAGAGCAGCAGCCGUUCUGCAAAGCCAGCAGUCCUGCCCACAGCAGCCUUCAUGACCUAGCGAUCUAGACAGACGCCUGAAAGCAUUAUGAUUCUGCUCAGCUGUUAAAGAAAAGGAAGGUACGGUGGAGAGUGUACUUUUGUUCCAGAGGAGGUGGUACUCAGCCAUGUCAGUUAUAAGGCUUAACAGACAUAUUGGGUUCUUUUGGGACGAGGGGGUCUGGGAUAGAAGGGGGGAAGCCGGGGAUUGAUGGAGGAACACAGUUGGUAUUUGAAAUGGUUGACUCGAAGAAUUUACAUUCUAAGUAAAAGUUGCUUUAGGUGGUGUAUUAGUAAGGACUUUUUCUUUCCCAUAUUUCCUGAGAAUGGUUCAAUGUAUACGAAAGUGAUAGAUAUCUGUCAUGUAUUGGUACAAGCAAAUGCAAUAUAAACUCAUAAACAUGGGAUUUUAAAGUAAUGCAGGGAUCAGGUUUCAUCCUUUCUCAUGGAUUUCGUGGUGUGGGCCGAAUGAUGUUUACCUCAUUCCAACUGUGAAAAUGAAAUACUCUUCCCUCCCCAAAGUGCCCCCCCUUUACCCAGUUUAGUUUAUUACAGAUACUGGUUCUAUUCACUGUGAUUUUUUUUUCUUUUAUAGAAAGGUGUCAGGAAUGAUGUCCUUGUUUUGAAAUGUAAUGACUGAUACUUGAAUGAUAAACUUUUAGUUCUGUAAACAGCACUCAGUGUGAGAAACUUAAAAAGGAAUGCUUAGAGCUGGACUAUUAAAUGUGUAUCUUACAUGAAUUUUACAGUAACUGAUAGUUCUUGGCUUUAUUUUACUUAAUAAACCACAUAAUAAGCAUUAUUUUAGAACCCAUAUUCUGUUCAUGAGUUUUGGGAGGCAGUCUUUUGGAUGGCCAGUGUUUUUGAUGUUUGUACUAAGAUUUUAUUUGGAAUGCAAGAAAGGUUGAAAAAGGUUUGAGUCUUACCUAUGUAACUAAUGUGUUAGAAAUAUAUACUAAAGAAAUAUGUUUAUUCAAAUGACUUUCCUAAAACAGAUGGUGAAAAUGCUGAGCUUUAUACUUUGUUCUUGCACGACAGCUACAUAAACAGUUCUGUACACUAAAUGGUUUAACAUUUCACAUUAGACUAAUGUCAUGUUAAGUUUUAUUAAAUGCAAAUGUAGACCUUGUCCAUCAUAUAUUCUUAAGAAUGUUCUUUAUCUAAUAAAAUUUUAA